AUUACCUAGUGGCUUUGGAACUCUUUAAAUUCUAAAACAGAGCUUAAAUGGAGAACAAGAAACGUCACCUAAGUUAAAACAAAAAGUCUUCCUCAAUGGCAAAUGCUUCAGCUUCCUCACCUAUCAAUCCACAUUUUUUCAGCCUCUUCUUCCUGGGUUUCAAAGCCACCUUAACAUUUCUAUGACGUUCUACUCAAAGCACAUAAAGGGAACAACCAACGAGGGCAAUGCCAAUGCGGUGGUAAAGCUGAGAUCGGACGCUUCUGAUUUAACCUGGGAAGUUAAGAUGGACGGUCGGAGACUCACCCAAGGCUGGCAAGAGUUCACCACCAGUCAUGAUCUCCGGGUCGGUGACAUAGUCAUCUUUAGACAUGAUGGAGAUUUGUUGUUCCAUGUCACAACUUUUGGGCCCAGUUGCUGUGAGAUACAAUACGAUGACGAUGUCUUUCAAAUAUCCUCUGAUUCAGAUUCAGAUUCAGAGAUGAAUCAAGAAACAAGAGAAGCAGUCUCUCCAUCAGAUAAAUCUUGUUUUGUAGCUCGUGUCACCCCAGCUAAUCUAAGAAAAAAUACACUGUUUCUUCCAAGAGGGUUUUCAAGGUCUAAUGGUUUGAUGAAUCGUGAGGGCGAGAUCUUUCUACUGAAUGAAUAUGGGAAACCAUGGACUGCGUUGCUGAGUUACUACAAAAAAACGGGUGAUGUUUACCUCAGACGCGGCUGGAGAAACUUCUGCCACGAAAAUCAGAAAAGAGCCAAUGAUUUACUCACUUUCAAGCUUGUACAAGAAGGUACGAAACCUGUUCUCCAGUUGUGUUCGUCCAUGUACAACCGAGGCUCUUCUUCAACAAGCGAAGACAGAUUCUUGACGCUAACUCUCACACAUUACAAUUUCAAGAAAUGUAAACUGUGUCUACCAGCGACGUUUUUGAAGGCGAAUGGUAUUAAAAGCGCAAGGAAGAUAACUCUUGUGGACAGGUACGGCAUCAAAAGGACAACGAGUCUUAAACCUGAUAACAACUAUGGAAGAAUGAGAGUGGGAAAAGGGUGGAGAGAGAGUUCUGUGAAGCUAAUGGAGUGAAGGCUGGUGAGUCCUUUAAGCUGGAACUCAUCGAGGAAGAAGAAGAAGACACAGCUGCUACUCAUCUACUUAAGUUCUGCACCAAAGUCUGAAACUCUCUCUGAGUUUGUUUUGCUUAUGUAAUAUAUACUUGCAAUGUUUAUGUUUUUUUGUCUGGUUUGUAACAUGCAAGGCUGUA